UUGUGACAAAAAUGAUGUUUUGUUGAUCUUUUGUGUAAGUACAAGCUCUUGGCACAAAAAUCAUUUCGUCAAAAAAACUUGGCAGUGAUUCAAGUAAACAAGACUUAUAUUAUAAAAGUGCUUGCUUUAUUAAUUCGCAUAUUCAACUUAGAAAGAUCUUCGAAGCAAAAAUGAACUCGAUUAAGCGAGUAUUAUUGUUAACAUUGGCAUGCUCAUGUAGACUGGUGUCUGCUGGUCUAACAGAGCCAACAGUAACAGAAGUGAAACCUACUGAAAGAACCAAUGAAGAAGGCCCGUAUCCGUCUACAGAGGCCUUCAUCGAUUGUAAUCGAUGUAAAGAAAAAGGUCUGAGCCCAACGGCUAACAUCUUAUGUAUCUACAAAUGUUUUCACCCAUCUGUUACUGUAUACUGGACGAGAGGAACAAAUUCUAUAUCUAGAAUAGUUCCAACUAGGUGGCCUCGUUAUCGAACUAGAGAAAAGGGUGGCUGGGAGCCGUUUAUGCAAGGUCUCAUGAGUGAAACAAAAGGAAAAUCAUCUCUAAAGGACGGUAAUCAAAUAGAGGACCAUGUGGGGAGAAAUAAGGAAACGAAAACACAAUUAAAUCUUACAAAGCAGAACUCUCAACCCCUUAUUGUUUUUAACAGAGGAUAUAAAACUGUUCUUUUAGUGUUUGUGGCAGGUUUUAUAUCAGGCUUUGUUGUGGUCACGUUAACUUUCCUAUGUGUAAAAUCACUUGUCAACAAAAGUGAUUCUUCCCGUAAGAAUACAUUAUCACAUUAUCCCGCAGCAAUAACACCGUGGAGAACUUUACAAGAAAAGAAGGUGUAGCUGUGUUAUUUAAGAAAAAUGUUUGAGUCAUUUGGAACUUCACGAAGGUAGCAUAAUGAAGCGAGAAGCCGAAAAGUUUUACCAGUAAUGCAGCUUAAAAAAGCAGUCGAAAAAAUGAAAACAAAAAACAUUAGUUUAUUUUCAUAUUAUUAUAUUUUUUAUUAUUUAUAUGAAGUAUUGUAUUACUUUUUAUACAUUUCACUGUAUGCACAAAAUCGACAUCACAAGUCUGUAUAAAUGUUUUGCGUUCACAUUUAUUUCUCUAUCUAAGUCUUACAAAAAAAAACGCCUAAGCAAAAUCCCCAAUGAGAUAUUUCUCAAUGUAUGUAUAUUUUCAUAACUUUAUGAGUUAUGUUGUAUUAUUGUUUAUAUUAAACUUAUUUUUAAUGUUUUUAAGAAGUAAUGAAAAAAAAGCGCCACGGCAACCUCGAUCCCAGGGCUUUUUUUCUCUUUUUGAUAUAAGGGACGGCGAGAUCAAAAAGAGAAACAAAAUCCCUGGGAUUGAAGUUGGCGCCACGCCUUUUUUUGGCACAUUUCAUCAUUUGUUAUCCAUGGCUUAAAGAUUGUGUUGUAAUAUUACUUAAUUUAUGUUUGCUGGCAAAUAAUGUAAUUUAAUAUUUCUGUGUUUGUAUUGUACAUGAUAUAAUUUAAGAUAAAAAAAGGAAAGCGUAA